AGAAAGGUGAGGAGGUUCAAGCGCCGUCUGGCCGAAGCAAGUGGCCGAGGCACGCGAUGACGGGCUCAGAGAGCCAAGGCUCCAUGGAGGCUCCUCCGCCGCCAUCCGGCCUGGGCAACUUCAAGGGGGUGAUGCUUUGCAAUCGGCCCAGCGACGAUGCCAAGUUUGCCGGAGAGGGUGGGAAGGAGCCCUUCAGGUCUGCAGUAGCCUCCACUUCGCAGCCGGGUUUGACGCCCUUGCGGAACUUCGAGCCCACUGUGAAGAAGCGCGGCCCGAGCGCAGCCCUGCGGCGCCAUGUGCGCUGGCUUCGGGAGCUGCAGGAGCAGAUGCGGGAAGAGCAGCGCCAGGCGGAGCAGGAGGGCCAAGACUGCGAAGAGAAGCGUCAGAAGCUGAAGGCUGCCUUCGAUCAGCACCGAGAAGCUGUUCGAGGCAUGAUGAAGGAAAGGGAUGACAAGAAAAGAGAGGAGGACGAAGCAGCGCGAGCCGAGAAAACGGCCAAGGCAGCAGAGGCCAGGGCUAAAGCCAAGGCUGCGCCCGCGCUGUCCGAGAUUGCCCUUGCGGCCGCAAACGCCAUAGAGCCGCCCAAGCCGAAGCCGGUGGUGAAGGCGUCAAAGCCGAUGUGGGCGAUGACAGAGCAGGAGAGAGAGAACUUCGAAGAGGAGGAAGGCGACGACCUCAUCAACUUUGUCGAGAAUCUGAACUUUGACAAGUACGUCGGCGAUUUACAGUUCCGAGAAGCCUUGGGCGCUCUCAAGGAUCGCACUGGCAAGCUCAAGAAGGAGCAAGAUGCGUUCAAGGAUGAGCUCCUGGCAAACUUCCACGCCGGUCUGGAUGAAGAGUACGAGGAAAGCACGGCCGCUGGAAGUUCCAAGCUGGAGGACGGCGUAGAUGGUCAGAGUGUCUUUGGGGACCUCAAGAGCGAGUAUAGCGUCGCAUCCAGCAGACGAUCAAGGAAAGAGGGUCGGGACAAUGCCCAAAAAGACUGGGACAGCUCGACUAACGCAGGAGAUCGCCCUGCUGUAGACGCAGAGGUCAAAGACUUCGCAGAGGCGGUCCUGGAGCAGAACCCCAAAUUCCGGGCGAUCCACUCCAAGGACUCCGUAACCAAGAUCAUUGAGAAGGUCAGAGCAGAGCAGCCUGCUGAUAUGAACUUGGUUGAUCACAUGCGGCUGGAAGGCCCAUGCCCCGUGCCGGUGAUCACUGCAUCAUCCGACACGCAGAACCGGCUGCACAAGCCUGUUGACCCUUCGAUGCUUCCAUACCUCUACCGCUCUCCAGCUAUUUGAGACACUGAGGAGGGCCUCCGGCUGCCUCGCGCGAAGCGCUCGGCAGCGGGGUCAGUUUCAAAGAGCUCAGCUAAGUGCAGGGCCCUGAAGGGCUAGGGCUGACAUGGGCUGCCGAAUGC